AUGAGCUCCCCGGUCUUUGUUCGGGAAGUCUAUAAUGGAGAAAAUGCUCUGGAAAUUUUUGAAGAUACACUGGAGAGAGCAUUGGAUGAACAGCAUGAGUUGAUUGUUAUUGAACCAGCGCAGCUCGGGAAGCAAACUGAGAAUUGGAUCGCUUUCGGGAACUGUAUUCAAAACACGUCCAUAUUAACUGGGUUUGGAUCAGUUGUUGCCGGUGCGCUUCUACCCGAGAAACCGCUUUCCUAUGUCACUUUGGGAACUAUAUCCGUCUUUUUGACGGCUUUGUACGGCGUUUCUUGGUUGACGGACCCGUGUGUUGCCUAUCAAGUUGAGAGAAACUGGGGACGAGUGCAGUGCGAUCCCAAGUAUUUUCGACUGUUCAGCGAUAAUGGACAGAAUUCCUCUGCUUCUGUUGUGCUUGUACGACGGAAGCGCAAGUUGUCGUGUUUUUUGCACGCCAGUGUUUCCAUCUGUGCGGUUUGCGUUUGUGCGUGGAAUCUAAUCAAGCUGCGCCGAGUUGCGUAGAGGAAGAGUAUUGCCAAGAUUCGAUGCAGAAGCGUUAGUUCACGCGAGCCACCUGAUGAUUUUGAUAGCGGCUGUCCCUUCCUUCGUUCCUGUGUUGUUUUUGGAAUGCCUCACUUCUUAUGGUCGGAAUGUCCUUGUGCGUGAUAAGUCAAGAGAGAAUCGAUCGCGUUUCCUCGCGAUCUGUGAUAUCAGAGUAAGAGUUUAGAAAGUUGAUGAAAUGUCUUUUGGAGGCACUCCUUUGAUCCGACGGGAUAUUCGAAAUGAACUAAAUGCGCGAAUUCGCUCUUUUGAGACAUUAU